UAGAGGCACGAUUCUCUGCUGUGAUUGGACAACGUAUCACGUGAUUAGAACGUCAUACCCAGAAGAAUGACAUUUUUGUUUAUAGUUGCUAACAUUUCAGGUAUCUUAAUGCAAAGAGGACACAAGCGUGGGCGCGACCAAAAUGGCAUCCUACUUUGAAGAACACAACUGUGAGCCCACCAACCCUGAGGAGCAGUAUCGCCAGAAUGCACUUCUUGAAUUGGCCAGGUCUUUAAUGCAGGGCUUGGAUUUAUUUGACUCGGGGGCGUUCGACUUGUCGGACUGGGACCAGCGUCUUCCUCCUCCAGCUGCCAAAACUGCUGUUCAGACCCUCACUGUGGUCAUCAUUUCUCCAGAGCAAGCAGACAAAGGUCUCAAGUGUCCCGUGUGUUUGCUCGAGUUCGAGGAACAAGAGACGGUUCGAGAAAUGCCUUGCAAACACCUUUUCCACUCGGGAUGUAUACUGCCCUGGUUGGGAAAGACUAACUCCUGUCCGCUCUGCCGACUUGAAUUACCAACUGACAAUCCGGAGUAUGAGGAGUUUAAAAAGGACAAGGAUAGAAGAAGACAGAGGGAGCACAGGCUGGAAGACCUACAUGGAUCCAUGUACACAUGACGUGACCGUGUUGGGCUGAAAGUUUGUGGCACAGUGACAUUUUAACUAAAAACAAAUCAAGAAAAAACAAAAGCAUUUUGUACAGAAUAUAAUUUCAAGCAUGGGGACGGGAAGUAACGCCCACGUCGGCCUAUUAUUUGUAUUUACGAGUCAGAAAUAUAAAUGUCAUCUACAAUAACUCCCACUUGGCAGAAAGAACUACAGAACUGCAAUAAAGUGUUGUUGCAGUGUUGUUACUAACAUGCAUCUCAAUAACAACAAUCAUCUGGUGCGACCACAAAGCUAGCAAUUAGAAUAACUAAUAAAAGAAAUCAUUAAAAGUUGAAAACUUAUUUAAGUUAUGAUUUAAGAGUAUGCUCUUGGCAGCAGUCGCUUUAUUCCUUUUUAAUAUAAAUCUGAGCUUUAAACACAAACUCUUCUGUUCAGCUGCAUUUGUCAAAUUAAUAUGAAUUAUUUUAAGACCCGAAUAUAUUUUAACCAGUGACUAUCUUUUUAAGUGACUCCAGCAAUGCAGUAUAAACACUCUACGUUAUACUUCCCAUUGAAGAGAGAUUAAAAGAAUAAAUGACUAAAUGUAAGCAGCAGAGGACGAGAUAUUCUGACCUUUAGUCGCUAGUGUAGGUCGAACUUCUACACUUCUCAUGUUUAAGUUAUCCCUGCUCGGUAAAAAUCUUUUAAACUCCAGAUUUAAAGUCUCCAAGCCGAAGGACAAGGGUGUGAUUGUUAACCAGCUGUGUGUGUAUGUGUGUGCCAUUCACGUCAUCUGCUCUGCCAAAAGUUAUUUCUACUUCUGUUUGCAAAUUGCAGUUUCAGGACGGUACUAAUAAUAUUCCACUGUCUGUAUAACAAGUGUAUGAUGUCAUGUUUCAAGCAGCAACUUACUGUCAGUUUGUUAUUUAUGAGGACAAAGGUAAUUUUAUGUACCGCAAGAACCCAUGCAAAUAUUAUAUUUCAUAUUUGAAUAUAAAUCUGUCAAAUGAAAAUACCUAAAUAGACAAAUCAUACAUAUUUACAGAAUUUAUAAAAAGGAAACGAAG